UGCCCGCUGAGACUGACGAUAGGGUUAACCCGAAGAUGCUGUUCCAGCUCCAGGCUUAAAGGCAGAAGAAUCGAUACACACAGAGACAAAGAAACAGGGACACGGCAGCAGCUCCUGGUUGUGUCUACUCUGUGGUAACUAAUGUAGUUAACUGGCUUCUCCCUUGUAGUUUGCUUAGGAGGAAAGUGGAAAUAUUAAAGACUUCUCUGAAACAAACAAGCUAACGCUAAGUCAAGGCAGAUGUGUAACUGAGCAGAUGUUAUUGCAGCCGUAACUGAUUCACAAGUUACACUUUAGCACACGUUUUCUACCCCUCCCCUGCAGCUUGGCCUGUCUUCUUGUUUGUGUUUUUUUCCUGAGGAGGAAAUCUUGUAAAUGUUUAGCAUUUGGCUGCUUUGUUACUUAACGCUUGGAACCAUUCCCGUGUUCACUGUAUCGGGUGGAGGAAACCAGCUGAGUCCGGAGAACAGUUUAAUAUGGGGACCUGGUCUGAGAGCAGAUGUUGUCCUCCCUGCUCGGUAUUUUUAUGUUCAGGCUUUGGACACUGACGGGCAGAGGUUUACUUUCUCUCCAGGAGCAAAUGCAUUCCAGGUGAAGAUCACUGCUCCUGAUGAGCAGUUCACUCGGAUAGGAGUGCAGAUAUUAGACAGAAAAGAUGGCUCCUUCAUUGUGAGGUACAGAAUGUAUGCAAGCUACAAAAACCUGAAGAUAGAAAUCAAAGUCAAAGACAAACAUGUUGCCAAGUCUCCAUAUAUUUUAAAAGGCCCUGUUUACCAUGAGAAUUGUGACUGCCCUCGCGAAGACAGCACUGCAUGGCUGGAAGAUAUGAGCUGCCCUCAAGCCAUUCCACAGAUUCAGAGAGACCUAGCACAUUUUCCCAUUGUUGAUCCAGAUAAGAUUGCAAAGGAAAUUCCACAACGGUUUGGACAAAGACAGAGCUUGUGUCACUAUACCAUAAAAGAUAACAAGGUUUAUAUAAGGACCCAUGGUGAGCAUGUAGGCUUCAGGAUUUUCAUGGACGCUAUACUACUUUCUUUGACUAGAAAAUGGAAAGAGGCCAGAGACAAAGAGAGGCUGGGGAAGAUGUCCCCCAGUGGAGAAACCACAAAGCACGACCACACGCUACCUUUUGAGGAUUGCCUGGUGAAAAUGCCAGACGUAGAGUUUUUUGUUAAUUUAGGGGAUUGGCCUUUAGAGAAAAAGAAAUCUACUCAGAACCUUCAUCCCAUCUUCUCAUGGUGUGGAUCCACUGAAUCGAAAGACAUUGUGAUGCCAACCUAUGAUUUGACGGACUCAGUCUUAGAAACUAUGGGCCGAGUCAGCCUGGACAUGAUGUCUGUCCAGGCCAACACUGGGCCACCCUGGGAAGACAAGAAUACUACUGCAAUUUGGAGGGGACGUGACAGCCGCAAAGAGAGGCUUGAACUUGUAAAACUCAGUAGAAAAUAUCCAGAUAUCAUAGAUGCUGCUUUCACAAACUUUUUCUUUUUUAAACAUGAUGAAAGCCUUUAUGGUCCCAUUGUGAAGCAUAUUUCAUUUUUUGAUUUUUUCAAGUAUAAAUAUCAAAUUAAUAUUGAUGGCACAGUGGCUGCAUACAGAUUGCCUUACCUGUUAGCAGGAAACAGUGUAGUACUGAAGCAAGACUCCUUCUACUAUGAACAUUUUUAUAAUGAGCUGCAGCCCUGGAAACACUACAUUCCAUUUAAAAAUGACCUGAGUGACCUACUGGAGAAGCUACAGUGGGCAAAAGAUCAUGAUGAAGAGGCAAGGAAUAUUGCAAAAUCAGGGCAAGAAUUUGCAAGAAAUAACCUCAUGGGAGAUCAUGUAUUCUGUUAUUAUUUCAAACUUUUCCAGGAAUAUGCCAAUUUACAAGUGAGUGAGCCAAAAAUCAGAGAUGGCAUGGAGAAGGUAGAGCAGCCUGAUGAUGACCUGUUUCCAUGUACUUGCCACAGAAAGAAGGCCAAAGAUGAACUCUAACAGGAAGAAAUAAAGUCAUUUUUAGGAAUGUUUACCUAUCUUCAGAAUUCCUUUAAAAGAAAAUAAAAGGAAAAUUAUUUUAUUAACAAUUUCAAUGGACAAUACAAAACAAUGUGUGA